GGUCAUCCAAGUUAUGACAAACCGGCUCCAAUCCGAAAUACGUGCAGCCUCAUCCUCUUACACUUGCGCGGUUGCACGUAGUUCCAGCUAAAACCCCGGAGGUUUUGAAAGUGGCCAAAGGGCUUCCAUGGCUUCACUCUCUUUCACUCAUUUUCUUUCUACGCUCAGGUGGAAUUUAAAUUGGGAGUAUCGAUCAUCGUUUAACUUAAUACAACUUCAGGAUUUUAGAUUAAAUAAUAAAUGGUGCCUUGCGGCUACUUCAGGGAACAAAAUUGUGGAGGAAAUGAGUGACAACAAUGUAGUUGCAAAACAGAAGACAUCCCGGAAAUCUAAACGAGCAACCACCAAAAGAACUAGAAAGAAACCAGAAACUGAUGUUACAGGGGAGAAUUCUGGAUUGGAGAUAGAUAAUGAUGCUUCAGAUGAGGAAAGAGUUAUUUCUGCAUCAAAUGAAGAUACUAAGAAAACCUUACAGAGAACACGAACAAAAGCUGCAUCAGCUUCUACUGUUGUGGAGGAAGGAAAAACCAAAAAAGUGAGGAGGAGAAAAACUAAAAAAAAGAUUGGUGAUGUUACAAUGGACCAAGGUGGUGAUUCUGAAGUUAGUGAUGUUGAGGAUUCUAUUUUUGCCACAAACGCAGAGGGUGAGAGUGAGGGAGACAUAGAAUUGGAAGAGGAUGAUGGAGAAGACAUUAGCUUUACAUAUGGUUGGCCUCCACUUGUUUGUUGCUUUGGAGCUGCACAACAUGGUUUUGUGCCUUCAGGAAGGCCAGCUAACAGACUAAUAGAUUAUGAAAUCCAUGAAAGAAUGAAGGAUGCACGAUGGGCUCCAGAGAAAUUUAUUAGGGCUCCUGGGGGAUGUGCUGGGAGUGUAGCAAUAGCUCUAGCAAGUUUGGGUGGUAAGGUUGCCUUCAUGGGGAAACUUGGGGAUGAUGACUAUGGUCAGGCCAUGCUAUAUUACUUGAAUAUGAGUGAUGUUCAAACACGGUCUGUUCGCAUUGACAAGAGAAGGAUGACAGCAGUGUCACAGAUGAAGAUUAGUAAGAGAGGUCGUUUUAGAUUGACUCUUGCCAAACCAUGUGCAGAGGAUUCUAUGUCUAAGUCUGAGAUCAAUAUUGAUGUGUUGAAGGAGGCAAAGAUGUUUUACUUCAGCACACAUUCUCUGCUUGAUAAAAACAUGAGAUUAACUACACUGCAAGCUGUCAAGAUUUCAAAGAAACUAGGGGGGGUUAUUUUUUAUGAUGUGAACCUUCCCUUGCCAUUGUGGCAGUCUUUUGAUGAAACCAAAAUGUUCAUACAACAAGCUUGGAAUCUUGCAAAUAUUAUUGAGGUUACUAAGCAAGAACUUGAAUUUCUAUGUGGUAUCAAGCCCACUGAAGAAUUUGACACCAAAAACAAUGCAAGAUCUAAGUUUGUUCACUAUGAACCAGAAGUGAUUGCUCCACUUUGGCAUAAAAAUCUGCAGGUUUUGUUUGUUACAAAUGGGACUUCUAAAAUACACUAUUACACAAAGGAGCACAAUGGUGCAGUUCAUGGCAUGGAAGAUCCGCCUCUUACCCCUUUCACUUCUGAUAUGUCAGCAGCUGGAGAUGGCAUCGUUGCAGGUCUCAUGAGAAUGUUGAUUGUCGAGCCAGAUCUCAUUACUGAUAAUGGAUACUUGGAACACAUAAUCAAGUUUGCUAUUAACUGUGGGGUGAUAGAUCAAUGGAAACUAGCAAGGACUCAUGGCUUCCCUCCUAAUGAAGAUAUGGAAGAAGAAAUGGAACCUGAUCCAAAUGGCAUAAGAUCAAUAUCAGAAAGAGAAUACUGCACGCUGAACCAGUCUGUCAGUUGAUCCUGUUGUUAGCACUGUUCAUAUGUUCAAUUUUGUUAUAUGCCUUUCCAUGUACGCUUCAUUGUAAUGUGAAGAAAUCAGAGUCUUCUCUACCACACCACGGGUUCCGGGUUUCUGAAGGUAACUUCAAUUGUGUAAACCCAAUUUUUGUUGUACAACUAGACAUAGAAAAUUAAUCAUUGACAGGUUCCCUUGACAAGUAUUCUGUGUCUCCAUUUCUGGCACUGUGACUUAAUAACACUCCUCUUUUGAGGCAGUGAGAGAAAGGUGAUGAAUACUUGUAACCAAAAUAUCAGUCAGAGGAUCUUUAACAUGCAGUAGUGAAUAAAAUUCUUAUGUUGAGUUGUUA